AUGUUGAAUUAAGUUCUUUAAGUCAUUGGUGUGUAGCAAAAUGAGGAAUAACAAAUGGAAGCAAUUUAUGAUGAUUUUCAGAGGCCUCCAAAGAUUAAGAUUGCUAUGAUGCAUGCGGCAGCUACUAAAUUUGCCAAGACUGAUCCAAAUAUUGACCUUGAUAAAACAAAUGUGUGUCCUUGUUGUGGGUUGCCAGCAGUCAUCGAAGAAAUUCCAUUAUGUUCAUCAAGAAAUGAAUUCAGUUUCAACGGAUCAGGGAUAGCGUUGUAUUUUGAUUUCUUAGUUUUUUCGGGAGUUAUCGUAUUUGCAUAUAUGUACAUUUAAUUAAUUACAAUAUAUUAGAGCCAUCAGUUGCGGAUACGAUAUUUAUGCAAAUUAUCAUGGGAAGAGGUGCAGUCAAAUAUAGAGUAGUAUUGCUGAUAAAUGUAAAACAGAUUUUUUCAACUAGUUCUCCUUGACAAAUGACUAUGAGUAUGUAUAUCUUAAUAUUUUCCUUAGACAUUUGGAUGAAACUCGUAGCAUUCUCAAUUUUAUAUCCCAAGUGGUGAUACUUUUUUUGACUCUAUUUUACAGAAGACACAUAAGCAAANUAGUUGCUUUGAAACUUCCAAAUUAUCAUCUAUAUUUAGAAAUAUAACACAUUAUUUUAUAUAUAUUAUUAUAUUCAAUAGAAGUAUCAUGCUGCUAUUUAUUGACAAUUAUAUAUCUGUUCUGA